UGAAAAUCCGCCACAAAAAAUUGGCCUUUUUCGCAUACCCCAGUUGCCGUGAUCAUCAAACGCUGUUCUCACUGUUGCUGUUGCCACUCUACAAUUUUCUGCAACAAAAGCAAGUGAACCAAGUGUACACAAGAGAAAAAGCCAACGAUAACGAUGAGCACAAGCAAUGGCAACGCUCCAAGCGGACCGACGGCCACGCAACAUGCACAAGGUCAGCCGCACGCCAACUUCGUCUUCUUCGUUCCACCGCCGCCCACGGUUUGGAUGCAGUUCAACAACGGUAUGCAGAUGGCGUUCACGCCGUCCCCAGCGCAAUACCUGCAGUCAAUGCUGAAUGGCACUCCGUUGUUCGGGUCAAUGCCCGGCAACGGUGGCGCCAACGGCAACGGCAAUGACGGCUUCCUCAAUGUGCUUAAUGAGCUGUUCCAGCGCGCACAGGCACAGGAGCACGGCCCGCCUCCGACUAGCAAGCCGUUCCUCGACAAACUACCAGUGAAGAUCUGGACUCAGGACAUGCAGAAGACCGAGAAGCACACGGAAUGCGUCAUCUGUCUAAGCGACUACGAGAAAGACGAGAAAGUCAUUUCUCUGCCUUGCGGUCACACCUUUCACAAGGACUGUGGUAUGACGUGGCUUGUGGAGCACAACGUGUGCCCCACUUGCAGAUACGAGCUGCCAAAACAGGCAAAUAACACGUCGACGGAGGCCUCGACCCAGACAACACCAACGCCCGCGACUGCAGCGGUGUCAGCUACUGCGGAGCCGGAACAGGAGCCUUCUUCGCAGCAGACUACUACAAAUUUGACCGGUGUGCGUCGUCAGCGUCCCACGGAGCUGCUCCACCAGCGUGAUGUCCGCCAACGUGUGGACGAGCCGCUAUCGUCGGUUGAUGAGGAGGCAGAGCUGGACAACAUACUCGAAGAGGAGGCCGACCGCUUCGUGAAGGAGGAGAUGGAGAAACGCCAGAUCGCCGUGAACGACGAAAACGUUGAAAUUGAUGAUCGCGAUGUGGAUGAAUUUCUCAGCGAGUCAAACAACUAGACUCAGUACGGACUAACGACAUAGUGUAAAUUAGUUAAAUGGACUAAGCUAAGUUAAUUGAAAAGUAACGUUAUUAGAUUUAUAAUUUUUCUUAGGCAGGAAGUUGGAGGUUGUGACAUUUUUAGCUAUGUGUCUCCUUCCCCUGUUACAGUACGUAUUGACAUUGAGAAACUCCUGGUGUAUCGUCGGGGCUGGGAUGUAGUUCGUGCUCCACAGAUAUUGGCAAUACGAUACUGAAAUCCACUUGAAC